AUGGCGGAGGUUCUUGGCGCGGUCGCGAGCGCUGUUCAGCUAGCUGAUGUAGCUUUGCGAUCAAGCCGUCAGGUCUAUAAUGUCUUGUCAUCCAUGAAAAAUGCUGGUGAAGACAUCGAAGCGCUACGAAGCACCCUUCAAGACGUCGAUUCCAAUAUGAGAAUCCUCCGCGUUUACGUGAUCGAGUUUGAGAGAUCUAAGAACGCGAUCGAGAAGUUUGAAGUUCUACCAGAUACCAUUACUGGGUGUUUUCGCAAGUUCUUCGACGAUAUCACUGCGCUGAAGCAGAUGCUUCCUCAUGCACUCAAACCAGGCUUUGCUGCUAAAGCAAAGUGGGUCUUCGAUAAGAACAAGAUGAAAGAAGUUUUGGCAAGACUGAAUGAUCGCAAGACAAGUCUGAACACAGCGUUGGUUGUGAUGGGCCUUAAAGAUAACCUCGACCUACGCCAGAAAUCCGCUGAAGUUGCUCAAAAUCAAAGCCUAUCCUACGCCAUGAUCAUGGAUCAGUUCACUACUCUUAACGCUAGCCUCCGGACGCGAGAGCGAAUUGAUGAUCGAUUGUUCGAAAUCCAAAGGAUGGCUAAUGACAAACGGUCCCAGCAGCAGGACGCCGCGAUCGAUAAAAUAUCCGAAAGAUGCCAUUCAAUCCAGGCAAAGCUUUCACAGAACCUAAACGCUUCUCUCAAAUCUUCUGUGACCAUCCAAUCUAGUCUCGAAAUGGUCUACAGCUCUUCUGUGCCAAGAUUAGAGUCAGCAACGGCGGCGCUACGCGCUCAGUUGUUAUCUGACUUCAGGACGAUGCUUGGCCAUAUAUCGAUUAAGUCAGAAACGCAAUUUGAUCUUGUCUGGGGAUGCCUGGAGAAGGUUGCCGAGCAGAUUAGUCGCGAUUAUGAUCAACAUCCUCCAGAAAAACAUCAUGACCACCGAAUAAGGGCCGAGUCACAUAAAAGUCGUUCUUGUCUAGAUCAAAACCUCGUUUUGAAUUGCCACAAUGAGCGAGCUAUCGACUCCGAAAUAAACGGAUAUGGAUCCAAACUGCCACCAUCCGGUCGCCGUCCUUUGUGUAAUUCACAAUGUACAUGGCCAACUUAUCACCACUUUUGGGCUGGUAAGGGAAGGUUAGGCUAUCUGCAGAUCGAAAUCGAGGCCGCUGGCGGGCCUACCCAGGGCUCAUAUAGGGGUUCCACGACCCUCACAAUUAGCCUUCAUUUCCGUCCGCGCCAGAACCUGAUCCCUUUACGUGGGCUCUCAUUGUUCUGGACUACAGCACCGGACCAUCAAGGGUUUUAUCAGAUUUGCCCGAGCAUCGCGACAUUUCCAGUCAUUCCGGAUGAUCACGGGGCCUUGCUCUGCAUACGUGAUGGCGACCUUCCUCGAUUUCGACGUUUACUAGUGGCCGGCGAGAUACAUUUGAGAAGCCAGGAUUUGCUUGGUCGGACUUUGUUACAUUCAAUAGCUAAACAAGAGCAGUUUGCUGCUGCAUAUGGAAGACUUGACAUAUGCAAAUUUCUGAACUCCUGCGGUCUUUCUUGGGAUCAACAGAAUCAGUAAGUACUUCAAUUAUGCAGGCUAAAAUAAAUAAGGAUGUUUAACUACACAAAGCGACGGUCGAAUGCCGAUGCACCUCGCUCUAAUUUGUCUUUUCUCGAAUUAUCGAGCAAAAAGAAUUACAGACUACGUCACCUUACUAAAAUCAUUCCAAAUGUUUGGUGUUUCCAUCGACGAUCUAUCUCGAAAGCUCCCUAUCAUCACUCGUGGCCACUUUCUUACUUGUGAUGACGCGGAAUCGUAGAAUGAUAUUAUAGACUACAUUCUCCAAAACUCUGAGAAUGCAUGGCAGAAUUAUCUUAGCUGGUUGUUUGGAUGGACAGUGUCAACU